AUGGAUGAGAUAGUCCAGUCAAAUACUGUUGUAACAACAAACAACGAAGAGAAUGAUGGUGCUACAACUAUUACUACCACUACUGUGACAUCUUCAUCUGUCAGUGACUCUCAGAGUAACAACAAUGGUAGUGACAACACCAACCAAGUAGUUAAAUCUAUUUCUGUAAUAGAGGAAACAAGAUCAAAUGUUGUUGAUAAUCUUAAUCAACAACUUGUUAUAGAUAGUAGUAGUAGCAGUGGUGAUACUAGUAGUAAUAUAGUGGUGGUUAAUAAUGAUAAAGUAGAGGAAAAGAUCUAUCAUAAAGAAGAGGAGAUAAUGUAUAAUAAUAAUAAUAACAAUAAUGAUAGUAAUAUGGAGAUUGGUAAUAAUAUAAACUUGGGUAUACCACUUGAGAUUGGACCAAUCAUUAUGGAGACAACCGUAGAGGAAAAGAAAAAAGGUGAUACUGUAGUCACCAAUACAACAACAACAACUGCAGAGCACACCGCAAACGGCACAGUCAUCAAACAGAAAGAACAGACCUCUUGGUUUUCAUCAAUUUCAAACUCUGUCAAGGGUUUCAACACAAAGAUAAAACAACUAUUCAUUUCACCUGAAACUGAAGAGGCAUUGGGACAUAUAAAUACAUUGUUUACAACAUUCUUCAAAGAUGUAAAAUAUUCAAAGUUUGAAAUGUUAACUGGAUUAUUAUUGUUGGACAGUUAUUAUAAAAAUGCACAUAUACCAUCUGGAGAGAUGCAGGAAGAUAAGACAUUCAUUAGAUCAGCACAACACUAUAUGAAGUUUGCAGCGGCAAGUCUUGGAUCGAAAUAUGUAUAUUGCUAUAUGAUGAAGAAGAAUGUAGGCGAUUUCAUUCAGGGUGUGACAGGAACAGAUAAUAUCAAUAUUAAAGUGUUGUGUGAGUACACCGGUGUCUCGAAAGAGGAUGUCAUUUCCUACCGAUUCACCAGUACCAACUUUGAUCCGGCACACUUUAUCUCUGUCGACCACAGCACAGAAUCAAUAGUAAUGUCCAUCCGUGGAACAUUCCAUGCCCGCGAUGUACUCACCGACUUGGUUGCCACCAACACCCCAUUCCUCGAUGGUUACGCACACACCGGUAUACUUCGAUCCGCUCAGAACAAGUUCAAUGAACUAUCACCAUUAUUACUUGAGCAAUUAAAAAAACAUAAAGGAUAUAAACUUAUUGUUACAGGACAUAGUUUGGGUGCUGGAACAGCAGCAUUGUUCACACUGUUGUUCAAUUCAAAGUAUCCAGAGAUUCCUAUUCACUGUUAUGCAUUCGCACCACCCUGUGUUACGUCAUUGGAGAUUGCACUCUCAAAGAACUGUAGUAAUUUAAUCACUAGUUUUGUACUAAAUAACGAUAUCAUUCCAAGACUGAGUUAUCAAUCGUUGGAGCAUCUGAAGCAAUUGGUUUGUUCGAUUCUCGAGAACAACUCGAGUAGAGUAUUCCAAAUUCUUACCGCCGGAAAUGCACUCGGCGAAGAUCUAACAAACAAAAUAUCAAACUUUUUUAAUUUGACAAGAGAAGUUAAAAUUGAUUUUAAGAAUAAGUUUUCGUUGAGUGAAACGACAAUGUUACCACCAGGUGACAUCUAUAGAAUCUACAAGAUCACAUCAUUCGAUAAAAACUAUAUUAUGGAACGAUCAAAUCCAUCUCUCUUUGGCGAAAUCAUUAUAUCUGGUAGUUUGUUGACCGAUCAUCUCCCAGACAACUAUGAGAAUUCACUCACCUCCUGUUUACAACUUUUAAAUGAUUUAACACCAGAGUCUGAUGCUCGUAUUACCGAUGAAUUUAUAUUAAUAGAUAAUUAUGAACAAAAUAAUAUUAACAAUAGUAAUAACAACAACAACAACAACAAUAGAAAUAGUAAUAGUAACAACAACAAUCAUAGAUAUAAUAAUAAUUUUGAAAGUAUAAAUAAUAUUAAUAAUAAUAGUAAUAAUGAUGAUGAUGGUGGUGAAUAUUCAUAUAAUAAGCUGAAGUUAGAAAUUGAUGAAUAA